AUGAGUGCUCCGUUAAUCCCAAACAAGUCAUGUUAUGCCCAGCUUCAGGACAACCACAGUGAAAUAAAAAAUAAUAAUGAAAGCACAGUGAGUAUGGGGGAUACAAAUGCCAACCAAAUUGUGACAAAAGUUAGAACCACUGAAGGAGAUAUCAAGAAACAUGAUUUGACAGAUGAGAGUGGGAAUAUACACCGUGGAGGAUCAGAAAAAGUUACUCAUCUGAAUACGGAGCAGAAUAAACUGGCCUUCAGAGACUCUCGGACCUGUAACAACAGUGUACAGGAAAGUAAACUGCCCUCAACCACAAGCAGGGAAAUAGCGAAAGACUAUAGAACCAGUGAAACUAAGGAUAUAUCAAGGCAUAUCAGGAUUAGCCGAGGACAAAGUCUGUCCAAUUUAAAAAGCAGCACAAAUGAUGCUAACCUGGAGGUUAUUUCAAAAGGUGACGUUGACCUCACCCAGAACUUUUCUAAGGGUAAAAUGUCCAGGACUGUGGAGAUGGAGAGAAUAAAAAGGCUUUCUCUGGGCAGACCAAGUAAAUUUUCUCCUCAAUCUGAAACAUUUGCAAAAGAAUGUGUUGGCCGCGUGUCGUGUAAACGUCUGCUUUCUGCAUCAUUGGAUUCCAUUGACAGGUCACACCAUUUGAUUGGAAAUGCAGAGAAAUCACAAAAAACAUCCACAGAUCAUUUUCUUGGGAUGGUGUUUCAUCCACUUGACAAUACCUCGGAGGAAAAUAUUGUGUUUUAUUCCAAACCAUCUACCUCAGGGAACAAGAAAAUAAGUAAACCAGAAAAUGUACCAAAUGUUAACACUGAAAGCACACUGCAUACUUCCCAUACCAAUCAUCAUUCAGCUACUAAGCCCAAUGAGACUGCUAGUAAAUCAGAAGCACAAUUAGGUCAGGGUGAUAAAAGUAAGAAAAUGGAUCUUAAGACUGCACCGUCUCUACAAUCUAAAAACACGUGCCAACAGAAGAUUGAGAGAAUUAUGCUGGUAGAGUUACUGGAGUGUCAAAAAGAUGAAAGUACGAUAGUGCAAGAAGAGAAAAGGUCUGUGUCUGACUCAUCAAAAUUUCCAGCAUCCCAUUUUCAAGACAUCUGUAAUAAAGUAGAGGAUCCAUUGUCAAGCGAGGUGGUAACCUAUCCUGAUGACAAAUUGCAAAGUGAUAACUUCACCGUCAGUGGGGAAGGGAGAGGAAGUAAUGACAGUGACAGCAGGGCAAGUAGCCAGGUUAGUGAGGAAUUUUCUACUGACAAAGAAGUGGAAACAGUAUUCCCACUCACAUGUGAUAGUAAAUCCAGUGGCAAAGUGACAUGUAGACAAAAUGAAAAUUUGCAUGAAGUUGAUGCAGGUUGCACUGAAACAGUUGGCGAACAGAUAUCUCUGAUACAUAACACUAAUAUACCUGACAGCAGACCCUUGCAAGAUAAUGAGAAUAAACUGAUGCUAGUCAAAGGAGUCACUGAGGAUGCUGCCAUUCCUGUUCCCGAUCUCUCAGAUCAGCACAGAGCAUGCAGUGCAGAGACAGUGUCGAACCAACAACCUGACAACCACGACAGUGAUGCGGAAACCUCAAGCUUUUCGGUUCCGAGUACAAAGACAGCUCAUGCACAGAAACAUCCUCCAGAUGAAGCACCAGAGAGUUAUAAGGUUUCGGCAAAGGCUGAUGCCUUGUUAUGUGUUCCCACUCCUGUGCGCCCAGUGGCAAUUCUGGAUGUCAAUAGUCAGCCCACCCUAUCUAACAGUAAUUUGAAGGACCUUUAUGCACUUCAUGUUGACAAACUGUCACCCUCCUCAGUCCUACCUCCUGUUGACAGUACACAGUUGUUAAACAUAUCCCCUAAAGUGCCUCUCAAGGCUGCUUGCAGCAGCGCAAUCCCCAAACCUAUCCUGGUCCACUCCAAGGGCUCCCUAGCAGAUAAGGAGGAUGUGGACAGCGACUACAGUGAAAAACUGGAAGAAAGCAUUGAGGUGAAACCUGCAAUACCCAAGCCCAAACAUGUGAGACCUAAAAUCAUCACAUACAUUAGAAGAAACCCUCGCUCAAUAGAGCAGCUUGACCCUUCAUUUGCACCACCGGGUCUGCCUUACAGUACCCCUGCGUGCAGCGUGCCAAUCUCUACCGAGCAGAAGGCAUCCAAUGGAGGGGAGGUGAAGCCCCCCACCAUCCUGUACGACAAAUUUAAACCUGACAUCCAGAAGCCAAGGCUCUUCAGUUCUGGAUUGGUGGUGUCAGGAAUUCGGCCCCCGGGACAUCACUUUGGACCGAUGAGUGAGAAGUUUCUGCAGGAGGUUGGGGAAAGGCCUGAAAAAGAUGAAUUUUGUCCUCCACCAUAUACCCACUACGAGGUUCCACCAAGUUUUUAUCGAUCUGCCAUGAUACUCAAGCCACAGCUAGGACUGGGUGCAGUCUCCAGGUUACCAUCUGCAAAAAGCAGGAUUCUCAUUGCAAGUCAAAGAUCCUCAGGUACCUGUCUUCAUCAGCAAGGAGAAAUAACAAGUGCUCCCAGCCUCUAUCACCCCGAUGCUUCAGUUGAUCUUAAGAAAGGCCCAUGUCCAAAUGCUGCAAAGUCAAAUCUCCCCAAGCCGUGUCAGUCUGGACUUCGUCCUCCAAGUUAUUCACGGUUGCCAGCGGCUAAACUGGCAGCAUUUGGUUUUGUCAGGAGCUCGAGCGUAUCCUCCGUCUCCAGCAACCAGUCAAAUGACAGUGCUCAGAGUGAUCAAAGCAGGACAACCAACCGUUCCAGCUUUGGAAAUGAAGAGCAAACCACUCCUAAGGCAUCUGCACCUUCUAAAGAUGUACCCAAGGGUAGCAGCAAGAGCACAACGCAGGUAUCGAGCAGCACAGCGACUCCACGCAGGAGCUUACUUCCAGCACCAAAAACUGCCACUGCACCUGCUGGUGUGAAGAAAGAAGCACAAAAAGAUCAGGAUGCUAGCAGACCAGCUGUCUCAUCCCCUAAGAGAUCAGCAGUAACAGCCACCAAGCUCCAUUCACCAGGACAUCCCAAGCAAAGGUCAACCACCCCAAAGAACGGAUGCUCCCCCAAACCAGGAGAGAGCCGAGAUGCUGAAAAGCAGUUCAUCCAGAGACUGAAGGAAAAGUGCGAUGAGCAGUCCCGGCAAUUAAGCAACAUUCGAGAUGAGCUUAAAAGGGCCAGCUGUGGGUUUGAUGUCUUUGCGAUAACAACACAGCACUUUUUCAGGCAGAAAGAAAAUGCCCUUGUGAAAAUAAACAAUUUAGGAGUGGAGAUUGCAAAGAUCAGGGAUGAAGUUGCCCUCAACACGGCGAGAUGGAAGAAACUACAAAGCGAGAAGGAGGAGCUGGAGAGGCGCUUCGAGGAGGAGGCGAGGAAGCUUCACUGGCAGCAGCGGGAGGAGCUGCAGGUGCUGGAGCAGCGGCUGCGGGGGGAGUACAGCGCCAAGAUGGAGAGCCUGCAGGAGCAGCACAGGCUGCAGCUGGAGCGGGUCAGGUCCCAGCAUCAGCACCAGGUGGCCGAUAUCACAGCUGCCCACGAAGCUGCAGUGUUGCAGCUGGAAAACAACCACACCGUGGCCAUCGCGGUGCUGCAGGACGAGCACGACUGCGAGAUUCGAGAACUGGUUGCUGCUCACGAGCUGGAAAAAACACAAUUAAAAGAGAAUUUUGAAAAGCUGCGGCUGUCACUCCAGGACCAGAUCGACACCCUCACCUUCCAGAACCAAUCUCUGAAGGCCAAAGCAGACCGGUUUGAAGAGGCUUUGAAGAAAAGCACUGAGGAACAGCUGAAGAUUGCACGAGCUCCGUAUCUGCACUUAGAAAAAGAUCUGAAGAGCUUAAAGCAUGUUCUGGAAAUGAAGAACCAUCAGAUUCACGAACAGGAGAAGAAGAUUAUGGAGCUAGAAAAACAAGCUGAAAAAAAUUUAAUCCUGGAAGAAAAAAUCACUGUGCUGCAACAGCAGAAUGAAGAACUCAGAGCCAGGAUUGAGCAAAAUACUGUCAUAACAAGGCAAUUAUCGGAGGAGAACGCGAACCUUCAGGAAUACGUCGAGAAAGAAGUGGAGGAGAAGAAGAGGCUGAGCAGGACGAAUGAGGAGCUCCUCUGGAAGCUGCAGGGGGGAGAAGCCGUGAGCCCCGUGAAAUCCCCGCCCGCAUCCUCCACGUCUUUCUACCGCUGCUCGUCGGGGAACUCCUCUCCAGCCAAAGCCAGAACCGUGCGGCGAUGAUC